GUUGGCAGUUGAUUUAGGUGUAAAUAGUGCAUUAUUAUUGUAUCUUUUUUAUGUUAAAAACUUUUUGUUAUCUAUUUGUUUUGCUAUCUGAGAUUCACCAUGUUCUUCCAGGUAAAAUAUAUUUAAUUAGUUGGUGAAUUAACCCAAAAUUAAAAUUAAGAAAUAGAUAUCACCUGUUGUAAGAAAGAAAACCAAACGAGUUGUUCAAAAAGACCGAAACAUGGAAGAUACUAAAAUUGAGAUAUUGUCACUGGCACCUUUUACACCAAUUCCCAAAAUCACAUUUGAUGAUGUUCUUGUUGGUACUUCACAAAGCAGAAAAUUGCUGAUCCAGAACCCAACUCAGCAAGGAAUUAAGUUAUUUGUGACAAAAACGUUACCAGAAGAAUUAUGUUUUACGGUGAAUUGGAGUGAAACCUAUAUUGAGGCAGGUAGUGAGAAGAUUUUGGAAAUGACGUGGAAUGCAAUAAGCGAGGAAGCAGGAAGAUACAGUUUUACUUUGUCAGAUGGUAAAAGAAUCAACAGGAGUAUUGGGGUCACUUUAAAAUCUGCUGCAACAAAAAAAAUCAGUGCGAAAAUAACGAAAAAUAAGCCAAAAAAACCUCUCCAAAAAUCGCCAAUAAAACUACCUCUCAGCCGGAAACCUAUUUCUCCUAUAAAGAAAUUUAAAUCAAACAGAUCAUCACCUGUAAAAUAUUAUACCUCCACAUAUUCAUCCCCUAAAAGUCAUAGGGAACAGCAAACAUCGUAUAUAAGUGAUAUUUCUCCAAAAACUCAUUACAGUCGUUUGAUCAAUCGUGAAAACGAGUUCAAAGAUAGAUCACCUACAAAAAGCAAUAACUAUUUAUCACCAAAAAAUUACUAUGAACAGCAAGUGUGUUAUAAACGAACCAAUAAAUAUGUCUCUCCCAAAGAAAAUGGUUUUAAAGGUAGUUCUAACAAAGAGAAUCGACUAUCUCCAAAUCAACCAUAUUUUUUGAGCAGUACUGCAUCGUCGUUUGUAUCUCCAAACAGUGUGAAUUUUUCUCUGCAAUCCGAGGAACGUUUUGAAAAACGAGACACGUACGUUUUCAGUUCGGCACAGACAGAACGUCGAGAAACCUUUUCAAUUCAAAACGUCGUUUUGAAUGUGGAAAACGUGGGUUUCGAAAAACUUUUGGAAAACGAAACGUUUGACGUUAAACUCGAUGAUUCCCCGGUUUUCAGGGACAGUUUGGACCCGCCCAAUCAAGUCCUGCCUUUGAGAGAACAGAAUAGACGCAAUGGUGAGAAUUUGGAACAAACUGGAACAGUAAGGAAGAGGGUAUUUUCGAAUUUCGAGUAUAAUUUGAAAAAUACGGAUAGCUUCGUCCUUUCUCCUAUAAUUGAUCCAAAGCAACAGGCUCUUAACAAGUUUUCACCCAGUUUUUGUUCCAGAGACCAUUCCCAAGAGACGGAAUUACAAAUUUCAAGUGCUACCUUCAAGUUGAACGUCAGCAGUGAGACUUACGUUAAAGGAAGCAACAGCCCCAAUCUUAGCGGUGUCACCUACGUUAAAGACGCUUCUGUAGGCGAUAUAGCCCGUCUGGAGGAAUCUUCAGUAUCCAGUAAAACAGCCCAAUCCAAAUCUCCCAUUUUUUUGAAACCAAACUCUUUUGAUUUUGGGGAGAGUAACGCAAAUGGUGUUGAAACUAGAAAACAACAACACUUGUCUUCUAUAGCUGAAGAAUCUGCCGUAUUUAGCGAAGGUUCGUUUAGGAACACUUUAAAACGGAAAAGUCCAGAUGUCAGUAAUUAUUCGUUCAAAAGGGGCAGAAUUAGUACUGAUCCAAAAACUGACUGGUCUAAAAGAAGUUCAUCAGCUUUCAGGAUUUCCAAGUCUACCUCUGGUCUAAAUUUAAGACAGUUUGCUACAAACCAAGAUAAAAACCAACAAUUGAUGUCUACUAUCACUGAAACCUCAGAAAAAUCUGUUAUCGUGAGGAAUCCUUUCCUAUACUCGAACGUCAUAGAUCCAUUCAUAUCUUCCUCAGUUUACAGCACAGAAGAAUGGGUAGAUAAACAAGAAAUUCGUUUUAAAAAAUGGCUAAACGUUCUUUUGACACCUCCCGAAGAACUGAGCGUUAAAACUGAAAUAGACGCUGCGAAAAUUUGGCAGGAAUGCAAGAAAAAAGACAUUGCAGAAGCGCCAAGCAAAGAAACCGUUUCUUUCAAUUACAACGUUAAUAGCAAGCUUGUUCAUCUAAGAAAACAAGCACAAACUUUGUUUCGUUCCAAGGAACUUGGUGAGGUUCUUCAAAGGGUUUGCGAUGUGGUGGAAUGGGGAAAGCUCUCUAUUCGAGACGAUAAAGAUGUUCAUUUGAAUUUAAAGCUAAAAUCCGACAUCAUGGGUUUAAUAUUAGGAUAUAAUCCUCUCUGGUUAAGGAUAGGACUUGAAACAAUAUACAACGAGGUUAUUCCUUUAAAAACUAAUUCCGAUGUGAGCGGUUUGGCUCAUUUUAUCAUGGAAAGGUUCUUUAAAGACCCGUAUUUGAUGAAAAAACACAAGACUCCAUAUGCUCCGAAAUAUUCGAGCGAUCUCAAGAAGUUUAUUCUCAAAAAAUUCUUGAUUCUAGUUUAUUUCUUGGAUGUGGCUAAAAACGCUAAGCUCAUUCAACAUGAUCCGUGUUUAUUCUGUAAAAAUGCUUCAGAAAAAGACAGUAAGUCAGUCCUAACACAUUUUGCUAGAGAGACUCUAUCUGCAGUAGGAGAUAUUACUAAAUAUUUGAAGUCUAAAGGAUACGUGGUUACGCACGUCCAAUCUUACAUUCACGAGUUCGAUUAUGCUGUUAAAAAUUUAGGCGUAGAUCUGCGCGAUGGGGUCAGACUAACCAAAGUCAUGGAAAUACUGCAGAUGAGGUCGGAUUUAACGUCGAAACUUCGAGUUCCCGCCAUUUCGAGGCUUCAAAAAGUCCAUAACAUGCAGCUGGUGUUUGAAUCGUUAAAACAAACUGGUUUCGAGAUUUUGUACGAUAUAUCUCCGAAAGAUAUCGUUGACGGUCAUAAAGAGAACACGCUGUCUUUUUUGUGGCAGAUAAUAUACAAGUUUGAGGCUCCUUUAAUGGUGACUAAGGCCACUUCUAUACAACAGUGGUUUAGGAGUCUUCCUGUGGUUUUGAAGAGAAGAAAACUGCAAAAGGUUCGGGAACUUAGGGAAAGUGCUGUAAGGAAAAUUCAAGCUUGGUUCAGAAGACAGAAAUUGUCGCAAACAUACUUUGUUUUGUCAGAAUUCGUCAGAAAUCACAUAGAAGAAUGUAGAAGAUUGAAGGCAGUGAUUAAAAUACAGAGUCUUUUCAGAAUGAUCAUCGCCAAACGAAGAUACACCAUUCAACACAACGUUAUUACCAAACUUCAAGCCUACGCCAAAGGUUGGCUUAUAAGGAACAACUAUCAUCAAAGAAUAACAGCUGCCAGAAUAAUUCAGAAGAAUUUCAAAACAUAUAUUGCUAGAAAAAGGUUUUUGAAGUUCAAAAACGCUGUCGUUUUUAUCCAGAGAAAAUUCAGAGCCAAUCAGCAAUGCAAAAUCGAAAAAAACAACUUUGUUUUAUUAAUAUUAUCUACCUCAGUUAUUCAGAAACGAUUCAGAGCUUAUUUGGAGAUGAAAAAAUACAGAAGCGAAUAUUUACAAAUGAGGAAGUCAGCAAUAAUGUUACAGAGUUACUACAGGAUGAGCGUAAUGCGUAGACGGUUUUUGCUGAUCAGAAAUGCUGUUAUUACUGUCCAGAAUUGGUACAGGUCAGUUUCUCAAAUGAAAACUGUCAGAAAACAAUAUAAAGAUACAAAAAAAGCGGUUUUGUUGAUAGAGCAAACUUAUUUAUCCAUAACUAUGAUGAGACUUGAUAGAUCAAAUUAUGAAAUGAAAAGAAAUGCUGUUUUAAAAAUUCAGGAGUAUUAUAGAGCUUGGAUUAAAAUGAAAGCUGAUAAAGAAGCAUUCUUAAAACUGAGGUCAUCAGUGAUUUGUAUCCAGCAAAGAUACAGGGCGUACAAAUUAAUGGAAUCACAAAGACAAAGUUACCAAAAGCUUAGAGAAGUAGUCCAGUUUACUCAGAGUAGGUAUCGGGCAAAUAAGGCGAUGGUUGCUCAACGAAAUGAGUAUAUAAAACAAAGAACUGCCGCCCAGAGUAUUCAAAAAUGGUAUAAGGCAACUAUAGAGAUGAAAAAAUGUCGUUCUCAGUUUGUUUCUCUUAAACUAGCUGCUGUAGUUAUACAAGAAAAAUAUCGGGCCAACAAAAAAAUGGAAAAAGAAAAAAUAAAGUUUCAAACUAUGAAAAAGGCUAGCAUAAAGAUACAGCAGAAAUAUAGAGCCACGUUAAUGAUGCGAGAAGAGAGAUAUAACUUUCUACAUCUUAAAAAUUGUAUUACUGAAAUUCAGGAACGUUUUAGAGCAAACAGGCUUGCUAAACUUGAAAGGAAUAACUAUAUUAACUUACGUAAUGCUACGAUACUUGUACAGAGAAAAUAUCGGGCGCAGAAAACGAUGCUGACUGCCAGAAACGAAUACCAAACCAUCAGAAAUGCUGUUUUAAGUGUUCAGCAUCGGUACAGAGCUAACAAACUUAUGCAGACGGCACGAAAUAGUUAUAUUAAAUUGAAAAAUGCUGUUAUAGUGCUUCAAAGAAGAUACAGAGCUCAAAAACUGAUGUUAUAUCAAAAACAAACAUAUGAAGAUUUAAGAAAUGCUUCUAUCUUCGUUCAGAGGAGGUUCAGGCAGAAUGUUUUAUUCAAAUUUGAAAGAACGCAUUAUCUUAAAGUUAUAAAAUCGGUUUUAGUUAUUCAGAGGCAAUUUAGGGCACAAAUGGAAAUGAGAAACGUUAGAGAAGAGUAUUUAUUGUUGAGAAAUGUUACAAUUGUGGUUCAGAGGAGGUUUAGAUCACUGGUAUUAAUGAGAAAUACCAGAGAAGAGUUUUUGGCUCUAAAGAAAGCAACCAAAACGAUUCAGAGAAGGUACAGAGCUCAAAGAGCUAUGAUUAAACAAAAAGAAUACUACCAAAAACUACAAUCGCUGGUGAUAUUAAUACAACAAAAAUAUAGAGCCAAAAAGUUGGGCGCAUCUCAAAGAACCCAAUUCCUAGCUCUAAAACGGAACGCGUUACUUAUUCAGAAGUCGUAUAGAGCGAACAAGAUCAGAAAUAAAUAUUUAGCUUUAAGAAACGCUGUUAUAAACAUUCAGAGAAGAUUCAGAGCACAAAUAUGCAUGAGAGAACAAAAACGUUACUAUGAUAAGUUGCACAAAGAAAUUAUGACCGUUCAACAAAGAUUUAGGGCUAAAAAACUUGGAAUUAUCGCUAGAACGCAAUAUGUAGCUCUAAGAAAAACAGCUAUAUUUAUUCAGAGUCAUUUUAGAGCUAAUAAAGUGCGAUGUAGAUAUCUUGCACUAAGAAACGCUGCUCUUGUAAUACAAAGAAGGUAUAGGGCUUUGAUAUUGAUGAGAAAGGAAAGAACUUACUAUCAGAUGUUAAGAAGACAUGUAAUGAUUAUUCAGCAAAGAUUUAGAGCUAGAAAAAUAGGUGGUAUCGCUAGAACGCAAUAUGUAGCUCGAAGAAAAACAGCUAUACUUAUUCAGAGUCAUUUUAGAGCUAAUAAAGUGCGAUGUAGAUAUCUUGCUCUAAGAAACGCUGCUCUUGUAAUACAAAGAAGGUAUAGGGCUUUAUUACUGAUGAGAAAAAAAAGAACUUACUAUCAGAUGUUAAGAAGAGAUGUAAUGAUUAUUCAGCAAAGAUUUAGAGCUAGAAAACUAGGUGGUAUCGCUAGAACGCAAUAUGUAGCUCUAAGAAAAACAGCUAUACUUAUUCAGAGUCAUUUUAGAGCUAAUAAAGUCCGCAGUAUAUAUCUUGCUCUAAGAAACGCUGCUCUUGUAAUACAAAGAAGGUAUAGGGCUCUAAUAUCGAUGAGAAAAGGAAGAACUUGCUAUCAGAUGUUAAGAAGAGAUGUAAUGAUUAUUCAGCAAAGAUUUAGAGCUAGAAAACUAGGUGGUAUCGCUAGAACGCAAUAUGUAGCUCUAAGAAAAACAGCUAUACUUAUUCAGAGUCAUUUUAGAGCUAAUAAAGUCCGCAGUAGAUAUCUUGCUCUAAGAAACGCUGCUCUUGUAAUACAAAGAAGGUAUAGGGCUAUAAUAUCGAUGAGAAAAGAAAUAACUUACUAUCAGAUGUUAAGAAGAGAUGUGGUGAUUAUUCAGCAAAGAUUUAGAGCUAUCAAAUUAGGUAAUGCAGUGAGAUCGAGGUACGAGGCUUUGAGAAAGUCUGCUCUUUUGAUUCAAAGAAGAUAUAGAGCUAAUAAGUCUAUGGUAAAGCAGGUUGAGGUGUAUUCCAGAAUAAAAUGGGCUGCUUUGGUUUUGCAGAGUCGGUACAGAGCCCAGAGAGCCAUGAGAGACGAAAUGGAGAAGUACAGAAAGUUGAGGCACGCAACUUUUGUCAUUCAGAGGAAGUGGAAAGCCACAAUCUUAUCGAAGGAGAUGAGAAUAAAGUUCCUUAUGUUCAAAAAAUCGGUAAUGACUGUCCAAGUAUUUUAUAGGGCUUAUAUGAAGAUGAAGCAGGAACGAUUGGCAUUUUUGGAUAAGUACAAAGCUGUGACGGGAAUCCAGAGGUUGGCUAGAGGUUAUUUGGCAAGGAAAAAGUACAGUCCCAUGCUGUUACCUGAGGCAGUUCAAGCCAGGAAGGUUUUGAAGGUUCAAAACGCUGCAGCAGUUAAAAUUCAGGCAUCAUGGAAGGGUUACUCUGUAAGAAAAUCCAACAUUCCGGUGAUGACAGCACUCAGAAGAUUACGAAACGGGAAUCCAGAGUAUCCCAGACCGUCUAUACAGAGUGGUAAGACUUUGGGUCAAAGAUGCGAGAUGGCCAUGUUGUGUAUGACCAGUAAGAAUUCGUCUUUGCUGAUGAUCAUUAAAGCGCUGGAGGAUUUAGAUUUUAUUACGAGACAUUGCCAGAACAUCUGUAUAAGUAUGAGUUUCCUGCUUCCCAACCAGCUCUACAUCAUAAUAGCCUCAGCAGCUAGAUCUCGCCCGGAGAUGAUCGCGUGCAACAUGGCAACGUUCAUCCUGAUCAACUUCUACAAGUACAAAGAGACUAGAUCGCACAGCUGGGAUCCGGAGUAUCUAGAUCCAAUGAUCAACGUGCUGUUGCAUUGGUGCGAUAAGGAAGCACCUUUAUUUUCGACACUGUGUACUUUGUUGUGGCUGUUUGCCCAUGAAGAGCCUUGGAAAAAGGUUAUUCAAAAUUUACCCAACAUUCGACAACGGUUUUCGAAAAUACAAACCCUGGUUCACCGUAAGGAAAGCAUGGUUUUGAAAACUAAGAGGCUUGCGAGCGUACCUUCAGUAUUUGGCCCACUGGAAAAUACACAAUUGCCAACAAGGGAUGCCAAAUGGGGUCUGGAUUAUGCCAGACCAAACACUUUUACCAAUGCAGUAUUCGCUUGCUCUUCACUAAUAAAAAUAUUGGAAUUAUCCGAGUAAAUGUAAGUUAAAAAACGUUAAAUAUUUUAUAUUUUUUAUUAACUCCGUCAUAUAUGUUUGUAUAUUGUUUUUUGUAUUUAUUUUAUAUUAUUAAACGAUCUUUUUAAUCUGUGAGAAAGACUAAUAUCUCUUUAAAAAUAUAACUAUAUCUAAAAAUAUAAUUAUUAUAACUAUAUUUUUUCGAAACACGCUUGUAUAUUAUUAGAUUUCAGUUUUUAUACAGUGUGUGCCAUAAAGUACCCAGUACUUUAUGGCACACUCCACUCCCUAAAGUACCCAAUACUUUCAUUAGUGCGGUAUUGGCUUGUUCUUUUUUAAUAAAAAUAUUAGGAUUAUCUGAGUAGAAAGUUCCUAAGUAAAAAAAGGUUAAAUUUUGUAUAUUUUUUUAUUAGUCGGUCAUAUAAUAUAUAUUUGUGUAUUGUUCUUGUAUUUAUUUUAUGUUUUGUUAUUUAACUUUUUUUUUUUAAUUUGUGAAAAAU